CUAAAGUUGAUUUCUUUUUUGGACUGCUCUAGGCUCUACAUAUACCACACGCAUAUAUAUGUGCACUAAAAACGUUACUUUCUAAGUGAAGUAAUCAAAGUUCGGUCAAAGGAUUCAUAUAUAUUGUAAUCCAGGUCUAUCUAUCUAUACACCACACGAUAGAAAAAACAAAAGAUGAAAAGGAAGAAGAAGAUUUGUAUAAUGAAAAAGCAAAGGAACAACAGGGGCAUAUAAGUAUCAAAGCAAGGGAACAGUGUUCUUGAUUUCAGACUUUUUCAGCAUAUAUUCUUUCAAUUAUUUUAAUUCUUUCUUAUCUUUGCUUCCUAAACUGAUAAAGAUCUCUUCUUUUAAAAAAUAGAAAAUAUCAGAAAAACGAAGUGAAGACCAUUAAUAAUAAUUCCUUAUGCUAUAGUUUGUUAAUUCUUUAGUGUUCGAAGACCAAACCUGAAGAAGAAAGCUCUUGAAUUCUCCCUCAUACCACGAGAACCCUCUAAAGAAAGUUGCUUUAACUCUUAGAACAAAACAUGUCGGAUCCACUCUAUAUAUUUAAUAGGUCUCAAUCCGAGAUAGUAAUUGAAUCUCUUUUAGCUUCAAGCAAUCUCAGAUCUUCAAUGCCCACUCAGCAAAUCCAAUCCUUAAGAGUCUUUGUGGCGACAUGGAACGUUGGAGGAAAAUCUCCACACUCUGGUCUUAAUCUCGAUACUUUGCUUCACGUCCACAGCGAAUAUGAUAUAUACGUUUUAGGUUUUCAGGAGAUUGUUCCACUGAAUGCUGGAAAUGUCCUUGUUCUUGGAGACAACGAGCCUGCUGCGAAAUGGUUAGCUAUGAUCAAUCAAUCCUUGAACAAGUCAUCAUCAUCAUCAUCGUCUGGAGGAAGACUUGGUCCAAAAACUCCAUCUUUUGGUGCUGGAUCGAUGUUCUUUGCUAAACCUUCUUUGAAGAAGAUCAGUGAGAGCUUCAGAACAGAAUGCAGGAGAAAGCUGAAGAUCUGUAACUGCAUCACUUUCUCUGAAGAGAUUGUAAAAAAGUAUGGGAGAGAAUCUUGUUUCAGAUGUCCAGAAGGUCUAGUUAACCAAUCCGGUGUAAUUUCUGAUGACGAAGAAGACGAAGAUGAUGAUGACGAUGAUGAUGAAGACGAGGAUGAAGGAGGAGGAAAAGUUGCUUCUCUUGUAAGCAACCAGAUGAUGAUGAAGUAUGGCUUAGUAGCAUCAAAGCAAAUGGUGGGAAUAUUCCUCACUGUGUGGAUGAGAAAAGAACUUAUUCAACACGUUUCUCAUCUCAGAAUCUCCAGCGUCACCCGCGGAAUCAUGGGUUGCUUAGGAAACAAGGGAUGCAUAGCUGUGAGUUUGCAGCUCUACAAGACUAGCUUCUGCUUCAUCUGCAGUCAUCUAGCUUCUGGUGAGAGAGAAGGAGACGAACGCCGCAGAAACUCAGAUGUGAUCGAGAUUCUAAAGAACACAACAUUCCCUAGAAUCUGCAGAACUUCUUUUACUCGUGUCCCUGAUCGAAUCACUAAGCAUGAUCGGGUCAUAUGGCUAGGAGAUUUGAACUACAGAAUAGCUUUGAGUUACUCAGAAACAAAGACGCUCUUGGAUAAAAACGCUUGGGACACUCUUCUUAACAAAGAUCAGCUCAAGAUUGAAAGAGACGCAGGUCGAGUGUUCAAAGGAUGGCACGAAGGCAAAAUCUUCUUUGCACCAACUUAUAAGUAUUCUUAUAACUCUGAUGCUUACGCCGGAGACACUACCAAAGAAAAGAAGAACAAGAGAAGAACUCCGGCCUGGUGCGAUAGGAUUCUUUGGCACGGGGAUGGAAUCCGGCAGCUCUCGUACGUGCGCGGCGAGUCACGAUUCUCUGAUCACCGGCCGGUUUGCUCCGUAUUUGUCGUCGACGUUGAGGUUUGCGAGGGUAAAACCGGAACUAGAAGACAAUAAUUUACAUUUGACUGUUGAAAACCGUCCUGGUAGAUAUUAAGACAUAAUGUUUCCAUUUAUUACGAUACUGCCACUAGCUGACCUUUGGAGCCCGCUAGAGUAUUUACUUUGACGUUAUGUUGUGAAAAAGGUGAACAAUAUAGCAUAGAGUAAGACCCAUUUUCGUUAGUAAUAUUGGCCGACCAAACCAAAAAACUCGGCAAGUCUUGCGGAUUGUGUAUCCAGCUCUUUUAAUUUGUUUGACAAAUUUGCCAACUAAGAAAUUUUGUAAUUUGGUU